AUGCUUAAUAAGCUCGCAACAAAAUUUAAUAGUACCAAUUCUUCCACCUUCAGCUUAUUACAGAGAAGCAAAGCUCAGUUCACAAGUAUGAAAAGGGCGCGUAACCAGUCCGCACAGGAGUUACCAGAGGAGUUUCAACAAAGGCACAUAGAGCCCUUUAACAAGGGGUGCAAAUUGAUCCUCGAUAUCGAUCCAACACUCUAUGAUUUGAUUGCAAAAAAGGACUUCUCGCUCUUUCUCAAGAAGGAGCAAACUCCAAUGACCCUGAAUCAUCAUUUUUCGAAGCUCGCCAGCAGCAUUUUGGCUCAACAGAUAAGCGGUGCGGCAGCGAACAGCAUCAAGCAGAAAGUGAUAAAUCGAUUUAAUGAGUUUCCAACUUUCCAGGAAAUGGCGAAACUAUACGUAGACAACAGAUCUCAAGAGCUUCGCGAGUGUGGACUUUCUGCCCGAAAAGUGCUCUAUCUAGAGUCGCUCUCAAAUUAUUUCAAUGAAAACCAAGACAGCAUCGAGAAGCUUUUAACUGAAGAUAGCGAUGAGAUUGCAUCUCAACUGGUAGCAAACAUCAAGGGAAUCGGCCCGUGGAGUGCCAAUAUGUUUUUGGUUACAAGUAUGGAAAGAAUGGACAUUUUCGCAGCAGACGAUCUUGGUGUUGCCCGAGGAUGCUCAAAAUAUUUGGACUCACAUCCAGAGAUUUUGAAAGAUAUCAUGAGCAAAAGAGGCCCAUUGAUCAAAAGAAGUAAGAUCAAGCAUGUCAAAAAAAAUUGGAAAAUUUAUGAUGAGGACAUCGUCGAAAAGUGCGGCGAGUUGUUCACCCCUUACCGGAGUAUCUUUAUGUUCUUGAUGUGGAGGCUGUCAGAGACAAACGUCGAGGUCAUGGAAAAGCGUGAAGACGAGUUCGUCGAGAAAUGA